AAUUGGAACGUGGAGUAUCUCUCGCGAUAGUCGCGGUCCGCGUCACGGAGCUUCUUAACCUAAAAAGGAGAGACUCGUCACGGGCGUCGGUUUCUGUCGAAUAAUUCACAAUGCCGCUGGAGAAUCUGGAGGAGGAGGGUCUGGAGAAGAACCCAAAUCUCGAGUUGGCGCAGACGAAGUUCCUGCUGGGUCUCCGCGAGCACGCGGAUGACGCCCAUCUGAAGACCAAACUCCUGGAUGCCAUCAAAGCCGACAAUAUGGCCCCGUUCUAUGAAGAGGUCUGCAAGGACCUGAAUUGGUCAGUGGACGAGGCGUUUCUUGCAACGAUGAAGGCACACAAUGCGGAACAGUUGAAGAAACUCGACGACGCUAUCGAGGAUGCUGAGAAGAAUCUGAGCGAGAUGGAGGUUCGGGAGGCUAACCUAAAGAAGUCCGAAUACCUCUGUCGGGUAGGCGACAAGGAAGGUGCAAUCUCGGCGUUUAGGAAAACUUACGACAAGACAGUAUCGUUAGGGCACAGAUUAGAUAUUGUAUUUCAUAACAUUAGGAUCGGCUUGUUCUACCUGGAUCACGAUCACAUCACCAGAAAUAUCGAGAAAGCUAAGAGCUUGAUAGAAGAAGGCGGCGAUUGGGACAGACGAAAUCGUUUGAAAGUCUAUCAAGGAAUAUACUGCAUAGCGGUACGCAACUUCAAGGAGGCCGCGAACUUCUUUCUGGACACAAUUAGCACAUUUACGAGUUACGAGCUCAUGGAUUAUAACACGUUUGUGAGGUACACGGUAUACCUGAGCAUGAUAAGCCUCCCGCGGAACGAACUGAGGGACAAGAUCAUCAAGGGAUCCGAGAUACUGGAGGUACUUCACAGUAAUCCAGACGUCAAGGAUUAUCUAUUUUCCUUGUACAAUUGUCAUUAUGCGGACUUCUUCAAGAAUCUUGCGCAUGUCGAAGGCCUGCUGCGCCGGGAUUACCUGAUAUUUCCUCACUAUCGAUAUUACGUCCGGGAGAUGCGAAUUCUCGCGUAUACACAAUUGCUGGAGUCCUACCGGUCUUUAACCCUCCAGUAUAUGGCUGAAGCAUUUGGCGUCACAGUGGAAUACAUUGAUCAGGAACUGUCACGCUUCAUAGCGGCGGGCCGAUUACACUGCAAAGUCGAUCGAGUCGGCGGCGUAGUCGAGACGAAUCGGCCGGACAGCAAGAAUUGGCAAUAUCAGGCGAUGGUGAAGCAGGGGGAUCUUCUACUCAACAGGGUGCAGAAAUUGUCGCGCGUUAUUAAUAUUUAAAUUUUCAUAAAUUUGUAUAAUCGCAGAGAUUAUAUAUAUAUGCUAUUGUAUUAAAAGAACCGAUCAAGAUCGACUGCUAUGAGUGUCUAGUAUGUCUGUUUUAAACAGCCUGUAUGUCAAGUUUUUAGCUCGACUUUUGUAACAAAAAAAGUGUCGUGUUUGAUUUUGUAAACAAGAUACACGAAAAUAUUCCUCGCGAAAUAUAUAAUAUGAUUUAUUUA